CCCGGUCGGAGCAUGCGCGAGCCGUUUGGCGCCAAUUUGGGAUCGCCGCACCUGGCGCAGACGGCGGGUUCUCCGAGCGGCGCGCGGCCGCUCUCCUCGGCUCCGGGAUGAUCGGCCAGAAGACCCUCUACUCCUUUUUCUCUCCCACCCCCGCCGGGAAGCGACGUGCCCGCAGUCCCGAGCCGGCCGACCCGGGGACCGGCGUGGCGGCGGUGGCUGAGGAGAGCGGGGAUGCGGCGGCAAGUCCCCCCAAGAAGGCCCGGGCCGGGCAGGAGGACCCCGGCACGCCGCCCUCCUCGCCGCUGAGCCCCGAGCAGUUGAUCCGUAUCCAGAGGAACAAGGCCGCCGCCCUGCUCAGACUCGCCGCGCGCAACGUGCCAGUGGGUUUCGGUGAGAGUUGGAAGAAGCCGCUCAGCGCGGAGUUCGGGAAACCGUAUUUCAUCAAGCUAAUGGGAUUUGUUGCGGAAGAAAGAAAACAUUACACUGUUUAUCCACCCCCACACCAAGUCUUCACGUGGACCCAGAUGUGUGACAUAAGACAUGUGAAGGUUGUCAUCCUGGGACAGGAUCCAUAUCAUGGACCCAACCAAGCCCAUGGGCUCUGCUUUAGUGUUCAAAGACCCGUUCCACCGCCACCCAGUUUGGAGAACAUUUAUAAAGAGCUGUCUACAGACAUAGAGGGUUUCGUUCAUCCUGGUCACGGAGAUUUAUCUGGGUGGGCCAAGCAAGGUGUUCUCUUACUCAAUGCUGUCCUCACCGUCCGGGCACACCAGGCUAAUUCUCACAAGGAGAGAGGUUGGGAGCAGUUCACUGAUGCGGUCGUAUCCUGGCUAAAUCAGAACUCCACUGGCCUGGUCUUUUUGCUCUGGGGCUCGUACGCUCAGAAGAAAGGCAGUGCCAUUGACAGGAAACGCCACCAUGUGCUACAGACAGCCCACCCCUCCCCAUUGUCGGUGUACAGAGGGUUCUUUGGAUGUAGACAUUUCUCUAAAACCAAUGAGCUGCUGCAGAAGUCUGGCAAGGAGCCCAUCAACUGGAAGGACCUGUGACUCUGAUCUGAAGGGCUGUCUCUGGGCAGUUCUCUGGAAGCUAUCAAAGUAUUUGCUAGGAGUGACCGCAUGACCCAGACAGAAGCCUCCAGGGCUCUCUACCCUGGCUGGGACUAUGUGGCUGUCUUUGCAACAUGGCUUUGGCCUAAAACCUGCUGUCACGGUGUUUGGGAGAGGGUGGGGGGGGGGGUCAAAUACAGAGACAACUUCUGUCACCUUAUGGUGGAAGGGGACGGGGGACAGAAGCACCUCUUGGUACAGUCAGCUGCUAUUUGUUUUUUACCUGGCUGGUUAGACUUUUGGUUAAAGGUAUCAGGUGUGUUUAUCUAGAAAGUCCCCCUCCCCUCCCCUGCCAAUGCCCUGCCUGGCAUUCCAGUUCUUGGCCAAGU